AAAUCUUAAUCCUUUUAUUAUUACCAGACAAAUAUAUCUAAGAAGGUCGUGUGAAAAUUUCAAGUCCAGCCGUUUUCGAGAGAAUUUUCCUACGACUCUGAAAAAAGCGUUUUGUGAAAAAUGAGUUUAAAGUUUUGAGAGCCGGUUACACUUACAAACAUCAUAUCUCUCAUAUCUUCUAAACUAUUUGCAGAAUCAACUUCAAAUUUUCUCAAAUGUAUGUUCAUUCGAUAUAUUAUGCAAAACAAAUUAUUUAUUUUUUUAAUGCAUAUAUAUAACUUUCUAUUAUUUUAAUUUUCUAAGCCUACACAAUAGCUAUAACCUAAACAAGCCUUUUUAAGUAUUGGAAGAUUAACUGGUCCACAUGAAUUCCCAAACCGUAAUAUAUACUUGAAAGCUAAAAAUACUAAGUAUUGAUUAAAUUCCAUAUACACAUUUCCGUACAUACUACAUAUGUACUACCCACAGUAACUACAUAAAUAAUUUAAAAAUGCAUUUUAAAUUUGCUUUGCUCUCCAUCAACCAGCGCAGAUAUUCACAAUAGCUAAAGAGACUGCGAAUUCUCUCGAGUUCUUUCUAGUGACCAAACGUAAUUUUUCAGUGACUUAUACUAGAGAACGUUCUUCUAAGUUCUCUGCUUAUACUACAAAUGAAAAUUGUAACAAAUACGUAAGAUAAAUAAACAAAUAGUACUUCGUAAGCGCUUAAGCGAGCAAUUUUUCAAGAAAGAGACUAUAGGGAAUGAGAAAAUGUAUUUUAGUUUCGCAUGUUCCCGAAACGUUUCGGCGGUGCCAAUGUUCUCAGCGAUGGUUACAUGGUUGGCUGUGCGGUCAUACAAUAUAUACAUACAUGUUACUUGAAUAAUUUUUAGCAUUAGACACGGCAAUCAUCAGUGGGCAACAAGAGCUGGACGCAGGCACUAUACUGGGUAGAGUGUGGUUGGAGCAUUUUGUUUUUUACUAGCUGCUAUCUUUACGACUCUUUGCGUGCCAGAGAAAAUUGAAGACAUUUUUUUUUAACAAAAGAAAAAACAACAAAUUCGCCACAUAAUCAUCACAGCUGAUUAGUCUCUCAGCAAAAUAAAGUGCUAAUUUUUGAUAACAAAUAGCUGCUGUAUCUGAUUUUGUUUUUGAUUUGUCUGAGCAGAUUUUGGUACCAAAAGCAAAAUGACAUCUUUGACUUUCUUCAGCCUACCGACUCGCACGAUCAAUAAUGCACAGUGGCAUUGUUCAUCAUCUGUACUUAUCAAAUAUUUACGUGGAAAUGUACAAGACAAGACAUCUAACCACCCGUCCAAAGUUGUUUUUACCAGAAACUUCAAUAGCUUAACUGCCGGCAGUAAAAUGCCUCGUGAAAAGCAAUAUCAGCUUACAUCCGUGGCUGGGACUGCGAAAAAUGCUUAUAACGAUAACCGUCGCAUUUCCCACCGAAAAAUGUCGAGUGUUCAACAACCCAAAUUGGUGGCGGUCGCCGAGUCCAAGCGUUUCAUGACCGACUGCUUUCUGGCCGUCAACGUGCCCAAGGAUCAUGCUGAGGCCAUGGCCGAUCUGCUGGUUGGUGCUGAUUACCGCGGUCACUUCAGCCACGGCAUGAAUCGGCUGGAAAUGUAUAUUAACGACUUGGCGAUAAACUCGACCGAUGGUGGUGCCAUACCCGAAAUCCUUAAGGAAACUCCCUCCACUGCAUGGGUGGAUGGCCGCAAUGGUUUGGGCGUAGUUGUGGGUAAUUUCUGCAUGGAUUUGGCUAUUAAAAAAGCGAAAGCGGUUGGUGUCGGUUGGGUAUGUGCCAAGGGCUCGAAUCACUAUGGCAUCGCCUCAUGGUAUGUGCUUCGUGCACUGAAAGAGGGUUUAAUGGGCAUAACCACGACGAACACAUCACCACUAAUGGCGCCGACACGUUCAAAAGAGGCUGCUUUAGGCACGAAUCCAAUAUCAUUUGGUGCACCCGCUAAGGAUGAUAAAUUCCUAUUGGAUAUGGCUACCACUGCCGUCGCCGUGGGUAAGAUCGAAAUCCAACGUCGCAAAGGUGACCCGUUGCCCGAUGGCUGGGCGCAAGAUCCAACAGGCAAUCAAACAAAUGAUGCUGAACUGGCUUUUAGCACGGGCUGUUUAAUGCCACUCGGUGGCCCGGAAAUCUCCUCCGGUUACAAGGGUUAUGGUCUAGGCGCUAUGGUGGAUAUACUCUCUGGUGUCUCAGCGGGCGCCAACUACUCGACGAAAGUGCGUAAGUGGACGCAUGCGGGCGCAAAUACAGCCGCCGAUUUGGGUCAAGUGUUCAUUGCUGUGGAUCCCAGUUGCUUCGCGCCUGGUUUUGAAGAUCGUAUGACGGACUUUAACGGCCGUCUGCGUGGCUGCGAACCGACCGACCCCUCCAAGCCCGUCUUGGUCGCUGGUGACAAAGAGGACUUGAAUAUGAAAGCGGUGGACAAAGCUGGCGGCAUUCAGUAUUUGGAAAAUCAACUAAAGACUUGUGCGGCUUUAGCCGAACGCUUAAAUAUUAAACCGUUAAGCUUUAAUUAAGUAACAAAAGACAAACAUACAUAUAUAUUUUAAAGCUUAACAGUGGUUGCAUUUAAUAUAUGUAUAUGUAAUUGCAUUUGCUGUAGAAUUUAAGCCGGUUUUACUGGCUUCAAAUAUGUACCGUUGUGUACAUAUGUCAGUGCUAACAUAUCCAUGAUGUGCCUAUUGAUUAUAAAAUUUAAGAUGUAAAUUUUUUUUUUUUUGUUAUGGCAUUUGAAGCGCAUUUCACUUUUACUGUUUUAAUACAUAUAUAUAUAAUAAUUUAUGAAAAAC